AUGGAUGAGACGAAGGAUCAGUUUCUUGAGCUGUGCAAGGAAUUGAAGACCUUGAGAGGGAAGGAUUUAUUAAGUAAGAGUGCUGCCAAGCUGUGCUUAGUUCCCAAUGUCAAGAUUCUGAUGAAGUUCAGGAUCCUAGACAUUGAAAAAUAUAAAGGGAAUACAUGUUUGUUGAAACAUCUUGUCAUGUAUGCUAGAAAGAUGUCCACUCAAACCGACAACGACCAACUGCUUAUUCAAUACUUCCAAGAUAGUCUUACAGGAGCUGCCCUCAGAUGGUAUAUAUGCUUGGACAGUGCUAGUGUCCCUACUUUUAACGACAUGGGUGAGGCCUUUGUCAAAAAAUAUAAGUACAAUGUUGAUAUGGCGCUAGAUCGUGACCAACUUCGAUCAAUGUCUCAGAAGGACAAAGAGACAUUCAAAGAAUAUGCUCAAAGAUUGAGGGAGUUAGCUUCUCAAAUUACUCCACCUCUGGAAGAAAAGGAAAUAACUAAGAUGUUAUUGAAGACGCUGAGUUCAUUUUACUAUGAAGGUAUGAUCGCAAGUUCCCCUAAUGAUUUCACCGAGAUGGGAGUUCCUGGUCAUGAUAUUGAAACCCGUUAUCCCCUGAAGUACGAGGUUCAAAAGCUAGUAAAAAGUGGUCUGGUAUCCUUUGAGGACAGAAUGCCGAAUGUUAAAGCCAACAUGCUGCCUGCUCAUGGCAAUGCUUCUGUGAACAUGGUGGACAACUGUCCUGGGAAUUUCAGGGUUUUUGACGUAAACCAUGCUGAAGAGGAAGUUGGAACACCGUUCCAAGCUUUGCCUAUUACUGAUGAAUUGAAGAAGGCUAGGGCACCCAUGUCUUCUCUGAAGGAUGCCAAAGAGGUUGUUCAGGCUGGUAGCCCGACAUAUGGUGUCACGUUGUAG